AUGAACGAAAGAUAUACAAAAAGAGAUUAUAGAUACAAUCUCACCAGCAAUGCAUCACCCACUUUUAUCUUAAAACAAUUUGAGUCUUUCAGAGAAGUCCAAUGCUCUGAUAUCUCCUUGCAAGAUUACAUCAUGACCAAGAAGCAAGUCUUCUUGCCACACUCUGCUGGUCGUUACAACAAGAUCCGUUUCAGAAAGGCCCAAUGCCCAAUCGUUGAGCGUCUUGCAAACUCAAUGAUGAUGUUCGGUCGUAACGCUGGUAAGAAGAUCAUGGCUGUCCGUAUCAUCGAAAAGGCCUUCGAGAUCAUCUUCCUCUUGACUGACAAGAACCCAAUCCAAGUUUUGGUUGAUGCCAUCAUGAACUCUGGUCCACGUGAAGAUUCCACCCGUAUUGGUUCAGCUGGUACUGUCCGUCGUCAAGCCGUCGAUGUCUCCCCAAUGAGACGUGUUAACAACGCUCUCUACUUGAUCACUCAAGGUGUUCGUGCCGCCGCUUUCAGAAACAUCAAGACAGUUUCUGAGUGUUUGGCUGACGAAUUGAUCAACGCCAGCAAGGGUAGCCCAAAUUCCUAUGCCAUUAAGCAAAAGGACGCUCUUGAGCGUACUGCCAAAUCACACAGAUAA